CACAAGCAGCACCGUAGCAGACGGGUGGAAAGAGGCAUGGAAUAUGAACCCAAAAAGGGCAAAAGAGGUUUUGUUUCUCCAAUCAAACGCCUGGUUUUUCCUAAGGCGGCACGUAAGCAGGCUGAGAAAAAUAGUCUGUACCGAAGACCCCUUCACUCUGUGCCACUUUACCCCCCGGACUAUUUCAUUGACCCAGAGAGGUUACUCCAUGACUAUGUCGAGAAAGAAGUUAAAUUUUUGGGCCACUUAACAUGGGUAUCAUGCUCUUUAAAUCCUUCCAGUCGAGAUGAACUUCUGCAACUCCUAGACACGGCCAGGAAACUGAAAGAACUGCCACUUCAUACAACAUCUGAGCAAGACAGCAUCUUGAGCCUGUCAGCGCGCUGCUUGCUUCUCACCUGGAGAGACAAUGAAGAGCUCAUUCUGAGGAUCCCGACGCAUGAAAUUGCUGCAGCCUCCUAUCUACGUGACGAUGCGUUGCAUCUGCUUGUUCUAAAAACAGGGUUGGGAGUGGACCCAGUGCCUGCAGUUGGAAGUUUAGAACACCCAAGUAGCAGUUUGGAGAAGAAGCAAGGUGGUAGUAGUAUUGAAAAAAGGAGGCAAACGGUUAGCAAUAUGGAUCGCCGACCUGCAGGAGGUACCAUGGAGCGAAGACACACUAUCUGUAGUCUGGACUGGAAGAUGUCUGGCAACCAUGAGCAAAAGCAGACAGGAGGUAGCUUAGAGAGAAAAACUCCUGGUGGCAACCUAGAGCAUAAACAGGUAGGAGGAAGCUGGGAAAGAAGGCAAACCCGAAAAACUGGUGGCAGCUGGGAACGUAGGCCUGUUAGUGGAAGUUGGGAACGGAGAAACACUGGAAACGUUGGUGGAAGUUGGGAGCGGAGGUACACAGGAAAGACUGGUGGAAGUUGGGAAAGGAAACACACCUAUGGAGGAAGCUGGGAACGAAGACAGACGUAUAGUGGAAGCUGGGAAAGAGGCAAAUCAUAUGGAAGCUGGGAGAGACGUAAUGCUGAGAUUAAUCCACUAGACCCUCAGAAGCCAACCCCAAGCCCAGAUGCAUAUUGUAAUUUGGUUAUUCUGGCUGUUGCCAACAAGGAUGCAGCAGAGGAAUACUGUGCUUUGAUAUGCCAAGUGUUUCAGAUCAUCUAUGGUGAUCAGACAAUAGAGUGUGUAGACCGUGCAGGAUACCACUAUUCUUCUACAGCUGAUCGCAGAUGGCUCCUGCAGAGAAGUGACAGCCGAAUGACAGAUUUGACAUAUGGCUAUGAUGCUGACUUCAGCUGCUGCAGUUCUUUCAAUGGUUCUCAGGAGACUUUUGAUCCAUACUACAGUGAAAACUACAGUGAAAAUUCGUCCAUGUCCUUCAGGCAGUCUCGACACAGUUUGGCAACACUUUGUAGUGAGAGCGAUCAGAGCAACGUUGGUGUGGAAUUACUGCAAGAAUACAUGAACACUCUGAGAAGCAAGCUUACUCCACCAGAAAUUCAACACUUUGCUCUCCUUUUGCGUGAAUACAGAAUGGGGGCACCCAUUGAGGAUUACUGUUCAGAACUCCUCCGGCUCUAUGGUGAGAAGAGGAAAUUCCUUCUGUUGGGUAUGAGGCCCUUCAUCCCCGACAAUGAUGUGGGGAUGUUUGAAAGUUUCCUUGAAAGUAUUGGGAUCCGGGAAGGUGGAAUCUUGACAGAUAGCUUUGGCCGAAUUAAACGCAGCAUGAGCAACACUUCUGCCUCAGCAGUGCGAAGUUACGACAGCUGGUCAUUACACUCAGAAUCUGAAAACUUCAACAGAAUGAUCACAGACAUCACACAUGACAUUGAAGCUUUGGGCUGUGAAGAAGAAGAUGACAUUGAAGAAGAGGAUAAUUAUUUGUAAUGGUGACUUUUGUAUCCACACAAAACAUAAAAAGCAUCAUUGUGAGCAAAAAAAUAAAAAAUAAAACAAAAGCAUGUUGUUCAGGCCUAGAGAGGCUAUGAAGCAAAAUCCAACUCUUUUGUGCAGGAGACAAUAAGUUCUUUGAUAAUGUUUUCUGCCCUGAAUUCAAGUUUGCAAAACAACCAAUACAAUUUUUGACUCCCAGCAUCUUUACCAGUUUAGUGUAAACCAGGGGUUUGCAAAGUCAUUCCUGGAGGGCCACAGUGGCUGCAGGUUUUUGUUCCAACCCAAUUGCUUAAUAAAAAUC